GGCGUCGAUCUUGCCAGUAAUAUCCUCAAAGACUCGCCGGAUCACACAGAGUCGUCUCCUCCACUUGCUCGUCGUCGAAUGGGAUGUCGACUGGGAUGGCAUCGUGUAUCGCGGGGGAUGGCAAGAAGAUGAAGAAGACUAGGAGGGAGAAGAAGGCGAAAGUGGGUGGUGGUAUUAUGAAUGGAGAGAUCAAGAAUGGAGAGAUCAAGAAGAAAGUCUUCUUGAAGGAAGAACAACGGCAGCUAGGAACGGUCAACCAAAACAACCUUGCUCUCCCCCACCACCAUCCAUCUCACCCAACAACAACGACUUCAGUAUCAUCAACCUCUCAACCUCCUCCUCCUCCUUCUCAUGACCUGCAUCUCCGUCAUCCCGCUAGACUCGCCCCUCGCCCCUCUAAGAACUCUAAUCGUCCCUCUAUUCACUUGUUCGAUAAACUCACCGGCGGCGGGUUGUUGAAAUCUUGAUCCUCUUUUUUCUUUUCCUUUUUGGGCUUGUUUUUUUUUUUUGGAUGGAUGGAUGGGAUGAUACCUGGGAGAGAUUUUUUUUUCUUUUUGGUUGUUGUUGUUGGGUUUUUACUCUUGAAGUGUGUGUGUUUUUUGUGGAUGGAGUGGAGCGGUUAGGUGGUCUUGUUUACGAUGUAUAUCUUGCGUUUUUUUUGGUUGGAAUAGGAGUGCUAAGUAGGAUGGGGGAUGAGUGGACAGAGAGGCGUCUGGUGACGUGUCUCUUCUUGGCUGACUCCAGUCAUCAUCACCAAUGGUGGUCAAUCAUUUCUUCUUCUUUCUUCUUUCUUUCUUUCUUUUUUUUUUUGGAGGAUAUAUAGGACAUAAUUUUGGACAUGC